AUGGUAAUUGGCAGCAGCAGCUUGACUCGCCUCACGGUCCGAUUGUCCCUGAGCGAUUCGGCAAGCCGGGCUUGCGGCUCGCUGAAAGGUUUGGCGACUGCUGACAAGCCAGAAAAAAAGACAGAAAAUGGGGUAGAGCAAAAGGCUAAGGAGGACACCCCGGAACGGCGAUGGUGUCCUAUGGGUGGUUUCGAGUGUUUGCGAAAAAGAAACGAGAAAGUGAUGGAAAAGGAGGAAUUGUUGGUGGAAAAUGACCGGCCAAAAGAGGUACCCGCGGGGAGGAUCGUCACAGCCCGGCAUCUCAGAAGUAGAACCGGUUUUGGGCUGAACCGAGGCGGGAAGGCGGGCAAAAACAGGCACGGGAUGCGUGGGAUGGAUGGAAUCGAAGGAAUGGAACAGUCCUCGGAAUUGGGAACCCCCCAGCAUCGCGUCCCAUCCAUGGAAACAGAGCCGAGUGCCAUCCCAUGCCAAGCCUCUUGUUCGCUUGCAUUCAAGGCUGGCUGGAAAACUGGGGGUGGUUUGUGUUCAACGCCUUGUCUUCACGCUACUCAAUACAAGGCGGGUACAUCCGGGUCUAAGAGAACACGGCGGUUGGGGUUUGUCCCGCCCAAGUACGCCAUCGUGUGCAGCCGCGUGACUUUACUUUCUGUGCCUGGCGGCUACGAACCGUUUUGUCCGACAACCGCCGGUGUUUCCCGACUCCAAGUAGGGGGAAUGACUAUUGUUGGUGGUGUACAUGCAAACGCACUGCAACCCCCGGGGUCGGCCGAGGACUUGCCCAAUUCGAAAAGUUCCGAUGCGCCAGCUCUGAUGGCGAUGACGGUCUAA